AAGAGAGCGUCGACAAGCUUGUGAUACUGAUGAAUUCACACGUGUCUCUAAGAAACGCCGGCCCCACAGAACGAACUGGAAAGAGAUCCGGUCCUUGAUAAAAGAGCUAGCGGAGAGUCUUCAGUAUGUCGAGAAAAAGGUCGAAAUCUCUCCUAUAGAUUAAGAACCUGAUGCUCUAAUUGUCACUUCUGGGCCUCUACCGCCGAUGCCAGAUCACACACCAAAUGAAAGUCACCACUCACGCCAGAACCCCCCAAGACCCUUGGAAGAAGCCCAGAAUAAUGAGACCAACACCCAGGAGAUUUCGCUGCGGAAAAGCAUAGGCCCUUAUGCAGAUGCUACGGUAGCUCUCCCUUCUCAGCCCGAUGGACCUUUGCAGAGCAUUCCACGAAACCCUAACAUCAACCAUUUCUUACAGGGAAGAGCACGGCGUCGUCGUUCUUAUGCUCGAUAAGGAUCAGUGUCGCGACGUGCCAUAUCUCAUCUCUCAGGCCACAGAACUUGGUGCUCACAACAUUGGGGCUUUCAAGUACGUAUUGACGGACGGUCUUGUGGCAGACCUACCGCCUAUCCUCAGUGUUCCUGUGAAUAUGUCCAAAUUCAAGUCCUCUCGUUGCAAGGACAAUUUCUGUCAUAUUUCACGGACAGUUGAACAGGAGACACUGGAUAUCGGCGAUAUUGAUUUCACACCCACACCGCUUAACAAAUUCGCUGAAACACUAGAGGGCCGUCUUACAGAUCCUCGGGCUACGGGGAAGAUGCAAUACUGUACGGACGCCGAGGCUCGGACUCCCCAAGAUCGACAAAGACUUGGUUUACCAAGCGAAUCUCCAAUUUGGCCUCUCAAGGAUAAUCAAUUGGAUCGCACCAGGACCGUCGUCCCGGAGCUUCAUUAUCCGUUUGCAUGUAUAUCGGGCGCACACGGAUCACUCUUUUCUUCCCAUAGCGAGGAUGGAAAGAUACCAUAUCUCAGCGUCCUACACGAGAGAGAGAAGCUCUGGUAUGUCGUGGCUCGAAAAGAUGGCCAUCUCAUCGAGAAGAUUGUCAAGAGAUGGAAAUGUGCGCAGAAGGUGCGACAUGCCUCUCUCUGGUUUUAGCUGUCGGACCUCAAGGAUCUGGAUGCAUGCUUUGUCAACUUUGUUCAGCAUGCAAACGAGGUAGUCGUGGUGUUUGGAGGUAUCUACCAUCACGGUGGUACUACUGGCCAUUCUCUUGCUGAGGCCAUAAAUUAUGCCCCCCCUGGUUGGAGUAUCAAAGGCUACUCUGCAUGCAGCUCCAACUGUCCUGGAUAUCCUAUACCUAACGCAUAUUUGGAGUUUCGUGCCCCAAAUGAACCACAACUCGAACAAGAGAACGAACAUGAGCAGGAGGACAAACGCAAGAACCCUCGAAAGAGGCAGAGAGAUCUGUCCCCUCCGCCCUCCGCAGAAGCUAAGUGGCAAAAGGAGUCGAACUUCGCCUAGUCCAGACAUUAUCGCUCCUGAUAUGGUUGAGACUGCUCUAAUCUUGCAGAUGGCGAAGUCCAUCUGUAGUGCAGCGGCCAUCAAGCCGUUUUUCACAAUCGUCCACGGCCCCCGGCUCCUCGAACUCACAGCGUUACGAAAGAUGAAGGAUGGCGAUCAUUCUCAAAUGCACAAGAACGCUACACAGAUGAUUCGUUUCUUGUCAAACAAAAAUGACUUUGUCAAGUUUGCUUCCCGGCUAUCUCAACUUCGUUUAGCUCAAACAUUCCAACCUAAAGAAGAGCGGCCGCCAGAGAAUUCGGAGAGGCCUCGUUCAAAAUAUCUCCAAGGAAAAUGGAUUAGAACCACGCCAGUAUCGUUACUGCCAAGAGAAUGGCCAAAAAUGGGAAGAGUGUUGUAAAAGAUGUCCUGGUAUUCUCUGCUUUAUUCUCUUUCAGACUCAGCCGUUUGGCUUUUCUCCACAGAGUGGGUCCGUCUCAAAGGCACACAAUUUGACUCUCUCCAACGGCAUCUCAUCGCUGAGUCCGAUGCUGAGUAUAUUUCUACACUUUGCUCCGCCGGAAAGAUGUUUGAAGAUUCACUGGAGCUGGGGGCUGAUGAUGUCGAGUUUGUCGGGGAAACACUCUUACUGGACAAAGUUCCAGAAGAAAAAUUGAUAUCCUGUCUCAGACCUGUCGAGACAACGGAUGAGCUUGUUUAUAAUAAGAACAACUACCCGGAUUGACGGAACCACAGUACUGGCUUGAUAACUUGGAUUUGCCAAUUGACCCAACCUAUGUGGGUCCCGGCGAAAAACAGUGCGAUGUGUGUAAUAAAAGCAAGUGUGAUUGCGCUCAUCGCCGUCCUAAGAUACUACCUCGCAUUCGGAUAUACGACGGCAAGGGUCGAGGUCUACAAGCCGCCGCGGAAGAGUCCGACAAGAUUGCACACCAUGAGGGUGAACUUAUUGGCCAAAUCUCGGGAGAAUUGGCGCCUCCCGGCACGUAUCGCAACGGAUGGUGUAUUAUGAUGUGGAGGGAUGAUUUUUACGUUGACAUGCAGGUCGAGGUUGCCCAAGUAAACUGCGAGAGGAUCAGCAACAUCUUCAAGCUGAUGAAUCAUGAUCUUAAUCCGACCGUCAUCCUCGAUAUAACGCCGCUCAACGGCGUUAUAUCACGUGCUGAGAGAAGUCUACCCUAUACUCGAGCGAUUGAAUACUCUCUAGGGUUCUACCUUAUCGAUUUGCCGUCCACCCAUCCGAACUAUAUAUGCCCACAUGCGUAAAGUGAAAAGCCGUUGUCACGCUGGGCUAUUACAAAGAAUCAAUCGAUGCCAGGAUCGUUUAUACGCCUCCUCUUUGAUGCACGUUGCUGGCUGUCUCCUUCGCUCUUUCGCUUCCGGUGGCUAGCUGUACCCAAGGGGGAGGCCAGGUCUUGUCCCAUUAUCAACCUUUGUACGGAUUAUAGCGAGCCUCUGAAGUGCCACGGCUGUGAACGUCCUUAUUUGAGAC